UUAUGGCAGUCAAGGAAGUGUGGACGCUGUUUACACUUGAGUAGGGGCAGCUCUUUUUUUCAAACUGAGAGAUACAUGUGACUUCUUGCAGGCUGGAGUUAGAUGGUGUGCAGGGCAGCUGAGGGAAGUAAUAGCUACAGAAUCAACUUGGAAACGAAUGAAGCUUCAGUCUCACUGAGGUGCCUUCUCGCUCCAGCUUGUUUCGGCUUUGACCACCUGCCUGGGGGGCCAAGCAGCAGAGGAUCCAGCCUUUUAGAUGUCCAUACACUAUUACCAUCAUCAGUCCAGUCUCCACCCAGACAUUCUGCCACCCCCAGAUGCUUAACUACAGAGCAUGACUCCUGGCUCCCUCAGAAUGUCUGCUGAACGUCUGCUGAACUUUCAGUCUCACUCAGACUAAAGCACCAAACCCUACUGUUUUGGUUCCCUUCACCCAAAGUGCAACAUUUUGUGGAGAUACUAAGUUGAGGACUUGCUAAUGCCAGCUUGUAUGACUUUGAGCCCUAUACAUCCUCUCUAAAACAUCCUACUCUAUGGUAAAGGAAAGCAAAAUGGAUACAGUGUCUCUAAAUGCAUCUCUUCGUUCUGGAGGUCACAGUGUGGGCACAGACUCUCCAAAUCUGUCCAUGAAAUCCUGGGGCUUCACAAAUGACACAGACUCCGUCAAGAGCCGACACUGGAACUUCUUCCUGGCUGCUAACUUCAUUGACGUUGUGGAAAAAUGCAUGAGCUCAAUGCAGACCGGGACUCAGAUGGUGAAGCUGCGGGGCGGCUCCAAGGGCCUGGUGCGCUACUUCUACCUGGACGAGCACAAGUCCUGCAUCCGCUGGAGGCCCUCCAGGAAGAACGAGAGGGCCAAAAUUUCCAUCGACUCCAUCCGGGAGGUGUGUGAAGGUAAGCAGUCAGAGAUAUUCCAGCGCUAUGCAGAUGGCAGCUUCGACCCCAACUGUUGCUUCAGCAUCUACUAUGGUGAACACAUGGAGUCUCUGGACCUGGUCUCUGGGACGGGCGAGGAGGCACGCACCUGGAUUACCGGCCUUAAGUACCUUAUGGCAGGCAUCAGUGACGAGGACAGCCUGGCCAAACGUCAGCGAACCCGGGAUCAAUGGUUGAAGCAGACGUUCACAGAGGCGGACAAGAAUGGAGACGGAAGUCUGAGCAUCAGCGAGGUGCUGCAGCUUCUGCACAAGCUCAAUGUCAACCUGCCCAGACAGAAAGUCAAGCAGAUGUUCAAGGAGGCAGAUACGGAUGAUAACCAGGGAACACUGGGCUUUGAUGAGUUCUGCUCCUUCUACAAGAUGAUGUCAACUCGACGGGAUCUGUAUCUGCUGAUGCUUACUUAUAGUAACCAUAAAGACCACCUGGACACAGAUGACCUGGCACGCUUCCUUGAGAGUGAACAAAAGAUGACAAAGGUCACCAAAGAGCACUGUCUCGAAAUCGUCACCAAGUUUGAGCCUUGCCCUGAAAACCAGAAACAGGGGGUUCUGGGUAUUGACGGUUUUACGAAUUACAUGCGAAGUCCAGCUGGGGACAUCUUUAACCCUGAACACUACGAGGUCAACCAGGAUAUGACCGAGCCUCUGUGCAACUAUUUCAUCGCCUCUUCUCAUAACACCUAUCUAAUGGGGGACCAGCUGAUGUCUCAGUCUAGAGUGGACAUGUAUGCCUGGGUGCUACAGGCUGGCUGCAGAUGUGUGGAAGUGGACUGCUGGGAUGGGCAGGACGGUGAGCCAAUUGUACACCACGGCUACACUUUGACAUCCAAGAUCCUCUUCAAAGACGUCAUUGAGACCAUCAACAAAUACGCUUUUGUCAAGAACCCGUAUCCAGUGAUCCUGUCCAUAGAGAACCACUGCAGUGUUCCUCAGCAGAAGAAGAUGGCUCAGUAUCUGGUGGAGAUUCUGGGGGAAAAGCUGGACCUGUCGUCCGUCAGGGCCAACGAGUCUGGACUUCUGCCCUCACCUGAUGCCCUCAAAGGCAAAAUCCUCAUUAAGGGUAAGAAGUUGCCCCCGAACAUCGAUGAGAACGCGGAGGAGGGUGAUGUGUCAGACGAGGACAGUGCAGAUGAGAUGGAGGAUGACUGUAAGCUGAUGAACGGCGACACUUCUAUGAAUAGAAAGCAGGUGGAGAAUGUAGCGAAGAAGAAGUUGGACAGUCUAAUGAAGGAGUCAAAGAUCAGAGACCGCGAGGACCCGGACAGCUUCACCAUCGCCGCCCUGCCUCCGUCAGGCAAACACGAUGAGAAGAUGGACAUGAAGGGUAAAGGAGAUGAUGCGAUGGACACUGGCGACGAGGCCAACCCCAGCACCAACAAACGUCUGGCCAGGUCAUUCAUGGGCAGCUUCUCUAAACGCAAGAAAAAGACAAGUAAGCUGAAGAAGGCGUCCAGUUUUGAGGACACAGACACGGAUCAGGAAAGCUCCAGCAGCGCCUCCAAAGCCCCCUUACACCAUAGCAGAAGGAAGAAAACCAUGAAAUUGUCCAGGGCUCUGUCUGACCUGGUGAAAUAUACAAAAUCUGUGGCCAUGCAGGACCUGGAGACACAAGGUGGCAGCAGCUGUCAGGUUUCAUCACUGAGUGAGACCAAGGCACACCAGUUGAUGCAGCAGAAGCCGGGACAGUUUGUGCGCUUUAACCAGCGGCAGCUGUCUCGCGUCUAUCCCUCGUCCUACCGUGUGGACUCCAGCAACUUCAACCCACAGCCCUUUUGGAAUGCUGGCUGCCAUCUGGUGGCUUUAAACUACCAGUCCGAGGGCCGAGUCCUUCAGCUGAACAGAGCCAAGUUCUACACAAAUGGCAACUGCGGUUAUGUCCUGAAACCCAAGUGCAUGUGUGAAGGCCCCUUCAACCCGAUGCUGGAGGACCCCAUGCCUGGCCAGAUCAGGAAACAGCUGGUACUCAAGAUUAUCAGUGGCCAGCAGUUGCCCAAACCCAAAGAUUCCAUGCUGGGAGACCGAGGAGAGAUCAUUGAUCCAUUUGUGGAAGUUGAAAUAAUCGGCCUGCCGAUAGACUGCUGUAAGGAGCAGACCAGGGUCGUGGAUGACAACGGGUUCAACCCAAUGUGGGAGGAAACCCUGGUCUUCACUGUACACAUGCCGGAGAUUGCACUUGUGCGUUUUCUGGUUUGGGAUCAUGACCCCAUUGGCCAAGAUUUCAUUGGCCAGAGGACUCUCGCAUUCAACAGCAUGAUCCCAGGUUACCGCCAUGUGUAUUUAGAAGGGAUGGAGGAGGCGUCAAUCUUUGUUCAUGUGGCUGUAAAUGACAUCACUGGUAAGUGCAACCAGCUUAGUCCAAAAGCUGUCUUUAGAGGCAGGAAAGUGUUAGGAGCCCUGACGCUGUCGCUCAAACUUCAGGUGCGGGCAGCCAGCGGUAUAAAAGGGCUGUUUCACAGAAACCCAAAGCAGGCUUCUCUGGACAGCCAUGCUGCUGCGCUGCGCGGCCGUAAACAACCCUUUGGCGCCCACCUGCUUCGUCGUACGGCCAGCGCGCCCACGAAGGGCCAACCGAAAGUCAAGCGCGGCUUCCCCGAGAUCUCCAUCGACACCAAAGACUGCAGUUCGGAGGGAGCCAGUGAGGAGCGCGAGUCGGAGGAGGUCCCGGCUGCCCACCCCAAUGGGGAUGCGGCGGCUUCUGCGGCGCAACAGUGGGAGCACGGCACCAACGGGCAGCUCCAUCCAGAUGACAGCAAAGACCAUUCCACAGUGCAGAGACCCACUCCUUCUGUGCACCUCCUGGAAUCCAUUGCUGAAGAAUUUCAGGAGAAAACUCCUUUGACGUCAAUGAGCAGUCCAGCCGAUACCUCAUCACAUUGCCCCAGUCACUCUUUUAGUUCAUGUCCACCAUCUGCAGCAAUAACACCCUCUUCCAAGAAUGAUAUCCAUAGCCCUGUAAAAACAAAUGAGGACAUUUUGCAGCUCCCCAUUCCUCCACACCAUCUGUCCCCCAACAUAAGCAGUGGGGAAGACCUCUUCAGCGGUCCCCUGUCAAUGAAUUACCUUGAUAUUAGGAGCAAUAAGCCCCUUGUUCCAGAGCAAGCAGGAGCUAAGGCAGUAUGUUCUGGAAAUAGGGCAGAGGAUGCUACGGGUGUUGCUGUUAAGAAAGAGCGGACUUUAGAGGCAGAGUCUGCAACUGAUCCUGCUACAGCUCAAAGGGUACAGGCCCUAAAGGCCUUGUUUGACAGGGAUGUGGGGCGAGGCUCACAGCCCGGACCCAGGACACCUAUCCGAAGGACCAAAAGUGCCGGGCAGGUAAGGACAACUGAAGAGCCGUCAGUGGUGCCUGAGGUGUCUAUUGAUGCAACUGUGAACGACCGACUCUGGGUCAAGCUGGAUCCCGGCAGCCAUCGGGAUAGCGUGUCGUCCUCCUCCAGCAUCUCAUCCAGCGACACUGUGAUCGACCUCUCCUUGCCCAACCUGGCCAGAAAGAGCCUGACUUGCCUUCGAGCUACUGCCCGGGACUGCCCAGACAGUCAGGCCACUAAGGCUGGCUGGAUUCCCCAGCCUCGUUCUGCAACAACCGCGUGUGUUAGCAAGAGCAAGUCCAAUCCCAAUCUACACAACGGGCAAAUGUGUGAACCAGCAGAUGAGCUUCAGCCUAGGCCUCUGUCCAGUGAGCAUGAUGCAAACCGGUUAAUGCAGCGGCGUCAUACUUGGAGCAGGCUGUACAUGGAGGGCUUGAAGCAGUCGUCUGCCUCCUCCAAAAGAUCUGCAGUCUCUUUAUUGACUAAAGAUGCGGAUGCUGGCUCUAAGUCCAAGAGUCUGGGAGAUCUCACGUCCGAUGACAUUGUGUGCAACUUUGAUAGCAAGUACCGGAGCAUCAGCCGCAGCUUCAUUACCAGGCCCACCCGUCAGCAGAGGGCGCAAAAGAAGGAACCCCGUGAUGACCUGACAGAGCGGCUGAAGCAGCUGACUGAUGUGGAACCACUGACGAGCAGUGAUUUCACAUCCCAACGGCAUGACUCAGAAGCUGGACCUGAAGAAGGGGAGGAGGAGGAGGCGCCCCCAUUGAGGCGGAGCUCCUCACGCAGCCAGAGCCGUGUUCGCUACAUUGCUAACCGCGCCAGGCAGGCCCAGGAGAGGCAGAGGCUGCAAGGCCUUCUGAGGUCUUCUGGAAGCCCCAUUGAGGAGAGGGGCAUCCCAGAGGGAGCCUGUAGUGUGGCCCGAAGCCCCUGUGCUAACUUGGAUCUCCUGAGUCAGCUUCCAUCCGGCCCACCCCACCAGAGCCCCCUUAGUCCGGACAAUGAGGUUUUUUUCAUGCUCCGGCUGUAACGGGGAGAGAGAGCUAUAUUUUAGGUUUUGUGGACUAUCCAACAGACACUUGCGCACUCCUACGUAGCACCAGGUGAAUGGUUCCUGAGCCUGGAUCUAGAGUACCCCAACCCUGUGUUUGUUCCCUGCUCUGAUGAAGUGGUUCCCAACCCUGGUCCUAGAGUACACAUUGUAGUUUUCCCUGCUCCCAACACACCUGAUUCAACAUUUUUGCUAAUUAACAAGCCCUUCCUGAGUGGGUAUGUUAGAGCAAGGAAACAAAAAAUGUGUGCGACAAGGAGUACUCCAGGACCAGGGUUGUGAAUUUGAGCUCCAAUGCAUCUAACUUAUCUAAUCAACCAAUUAGCAAGCCAUUUUGACUUAAGAAGGAUAUAUCGGAGCAGUAAAAGCACUAAAAUAUGCAAGCCAGAGAUACUCCAGGACAAGGAUUGGUGACCACUGCAUCGUUGCUAUCCUUGCGCUACAAAGUAUCCCAUCAUCAAAAGUAAUGGGCAUUUGAAUCUCAGAAAAUGAAUCCUUUCUAUUUUGUGUUGUUUUUUAGGUGUAUUUACAGAUGAAGUUUAGUCUUAUCAGUUCAGUCACUGGGGAACACACUAGAAAGAUCUUAUAUGAAAUUUGUUCAGACAUCUGUAUUGUACCCUUACUACUUCAGUAAACCUUCCAUUUCUGGCUUGGCAAUAUGGCAGUUACAUUAGUACCCACAAAGUCAUUUUUGGCAAGGCUGUUGUCAGGACAGUGAUCCAUCAGGCCCAGCAAAUAAUACGGCGAAGAGGAUGAAAUGUGAACAGAAAGUUGCAAAAGUCCGUAGAACUGCAGGUCGUAUAUAUAGCUCUGAGAAGAGCAAAAGCUUUUGGUGCAAAGCCAGAGGGACAAGCAUUUUUUCAGUAUAUUAUCCUAAAUGCACUCCUUAUUGUUGAAAACUGGAACAUGAUAUGGAAACCAAAUGUCCUCAGAGUGAUAUUGUAUCUUGAUUUUUGUCAUUUUUAGUUGGUCUGCUGUAGCAAUAGAGGACUAAAUCCAGAUGAUGAAUUGUAUGAUUCUCAUUUCCAUCAUUUUAAAUGCUUAGAAAUGUUUACUACUACUUAAUCAAAUACCAAUGCAUCUUAUUGGUGUUGUUAUUGGUGUAAUUUUUAUAACAAAAAGCAUGGAAUGUAUUUACUACACUAAUUUAUUGUUUCUUGAAAUGAUCUUUGAAAAAAAUAUGGCUUCUUUUUUCAUAUUCCUUGCAUUAGCUGAAAUGCACAAGCACAAUUAAUUUGGUCCUUCCUAGUUUAGCUUUAUUUUUAUAUUCUUUUAGCUGGAAAUGAAAUUACAAGUGGCAGUUUUCACCACUUAAGCUUAAGCUUUUAAUAUUUCAGUGUUAUCAUCCGGCUCAUGAACAGUAGCUGUCCCCCAUUUUUUCAGUUUGUUGCAUGUUGGUAAUAUUGUAAACUUUCCUAAUGUUUCUCAUUUUAGUUUUAGUUUUGGUUUUCAGCAGCACAGCUUGUUGAUGUGUCUCCAGUAUGUACCUGUCUUUAGAGAGUAACGUUGAAUAUGAGUCUCGAAAACAGUUCUUUGAUGAUGCACGACAGGAGGGAAAUAAAUUUCUACAGAGCACAUCUCUCACUUUGUACUGUAAUGUUUUGCACUGUCCUGUCUGAUAACUUUGCAAGAGUCUGAGAACAUUUUUAAGUAAAAGCAUAUGUAUAUAGACAGUAAA